UUUAUCCCAGAAGGAAGGACAAGUGCCAUCACUUGCUGAAACCCCGCGUGUGUCAGAGUGCCUCAUACCUGAGCGUCCUGCACAGAGCAGGUGCUCAACAAGAGACUGAGGGGGCUGGUUUGAAUCCUGGCUCUACUAUUGACAGGUUCUGAGACCUUGAGACGCUCACCUUUCCUCCAUGAACCGCAGCAUCCGCAUCUGUCAAUGGGUGUGGUCUUUCCCCUCCCUGCUUCUGAGGAUAUUGUGAGGAUCUUAAAUUCCUACAGAAAGGAAACAGUGGUUAGCGCGCCCCCUGCUGGAAGAGGACAGACUCCUCAACCUCUCCUCCCCCACGUUGCAGGGGAGGGCGGUGAAGGUCAGAGGCCACAGGGAGGGGAAUGGGAACCAGGGGUAGGUAACCCAACGCUGUCACAGCACCAUGCACACCUGUUUGUCACCAUGUGCCUCUCACAUCGGCUCUGUGGAAGGGGUUAGAUUAGACCAUUUAGCUGAGCGCCUACUUGGCCCAGAGCUCCUUACUCCUCACAUUUAAAUUUUUUUUAAAGAGGAGAUAAGAAGGAGAAAGGAGGCGGGGUCGUAGAGAGGAAAGGAAAGGGGAGCGGAGGAGAGUGCUCUGGUGACGGGGAGGCCUCUCUGGAAUGGUUAAGGACCAGAUCCAUCUACAUUGGGGCUGCGGGUGUGGGUUCCGGUCUCUGCUCAGCCACAAACCCAGUUUGGGGAGAUCUUGGCCAGUCCCUUCUCCUCCCCGGCCUCAGUUUCCUCGCCUGUGAAACGGGCAUAAUAACUCCUCUCCGGCUUCCCUCUCCAGGGCGGGUGGAAGGACAGGGGGCGUGAGCCAAAGGGUGUGAAAGCUCCUUGCCGGGAGCAUGCUACACCGCCACAAGGGGGCGCGAGAGGUUCCUGCUGGACCGGGACCACAGAGAUGCUGUUCCCAUCGCCCCUGAAGCCAGGGCCAGAGAGCGCAGGCUGGGCCCCUCUGGACCUGGGGUGCUCGCUGCUUCCCUUCUCCGGUCUUCUCUGUGAGAUCAUGAUAACAGUGUUUCUUAGGUGGGUCCUGCCCUACUGAUAAGCACACAUUUUCUCCUCCAUUAGGUCCUGCACUCAGGUGACAAAACUAAAGCCAAGCCAGGCCAGUGUGGCUCAGUGGCUGAGCACUGGCCCAUGAACCAGGAGGUCACUGGUUCGAUUCCAGUCAGGACACAUGCCUGGGUUGCAGACUCAAUCCCCAGUAUGGGGCAUGCAGGAGACAGCCGAUCAAUGAUGUUUCUAUCUCUCUAUUCCUCUCCCUUCCUCUCUCUCUAAAAAUCAAUAAAAACAGAUAUUUAAAAAACUAAAGCCAAGAGUGGAGCCACCAUCUCGGGCAAUCAGACCUGGACAUGACCUGGUGGAUCUCAGCCCUUCUCGGAGACCCUCAGCAGCCUUUCCCGGGAGGCUCUCCUGAGCUCUGCGACAGGGGCCUGCUCUGCAAACUGCAGGGCGCACACCCGCUGGGAUCUCAGAGCAGAUGAAGGAGAAACCGCUGCUGGGAAAGGUGUGCGUGGGCAGAACAGCAGGCAGAGGGGCUGGUGUGAGUGUAGGUACGGCGUCUGGAAGCACAGCUCUUAUUGGGGAGAAGGGGGACGGUGAUGACAACAAGUAGAAAAUCUCCUACCUACUAAGCCAGGACGCCAAAUAGAAGCAAGUAUCCCACAUUAGCAAUCACACUGUACAAACGACAAGGUAACGUUUCCUUUUAGAGACACUGACAGUCCUCAUUUUCCUACAAUCCUGUAAGGGAAUUUGGUUUUUCCCAGCAGCCUCUCUCCAAACUGGAAUCCCACCAUUACAAUGUCCUUCUUAGAACUAAGGCAUCUUCCUAGAUUAGAAGGCAAGGGAAUUGUUGUCAGUCAUUCACACCCUACAAGGGCAUCCAGGCACCUGAGCCUUUCUGGGAGCCGCUCACAGAGGAAUCCAGGGAGGCCAGGCUAGCAGACAGCUCUGUCCUGGGAGAUGCUGUAAUUAGCCCCAUUUUACAGAGGAGGAAAACUGAGGCACAGGGAAGUAACUUGAUCAAAGUCACACUUCCCCAGGGUAGAGGACCUAGAACCCAAGCCCAGGCAAUGUACCUGCCCCCGGAGCCCGAACGUUUAGCCCUCCUGCUACAGUUAGGGAGUAUCCCAGGGUGGCUAGGGGCAUGGCCUCUGGAUUCGAAUCCCGGCUGCUGUGCCUUUUCUAGCUGUGCCACCCUGGCAAUGACUUGUCUGUGCACCGGUGUCCUCAUAAAGUCUGUGCCUCACGGGGUUCCCCUUCAGUGGGUACUAUGUAACAUGGUUAGGACCGUGCCACGCAUGCAGCCACCAUCUGUAAAUAUGGGCCACUGUUCCUGACCUCAGAGGGGCACAUGACCUUGAAGAGUCCAGAAUGCCUCCUGAUUCUAAAAUGCCAGCCUGUGGGAUCCUGGAACCUCCCAGUGGCAUUCUGAUGUGUUCGGGCUGCGCACUGGACCCGCCUUCCCAGGACUGGACGGUGUGGGCCGCCUGUCCACCCAGCUCAGCCCUACGCAGGCAAAUGAGGUGAUGUCAAAGCCCUGGCCGGGGCCCAGCUCCUGGAACCACCCCUCUCCCUCCCGGCUUCUCCCUCACUCGGAGCCACACACACACUCCUGCUGGGCCCAGAGGGAAGGUGAAGGAGUGAAGGUGGUGGUGGUGCCGGGCCCAUUGAAGCGUAACUGUCGCCUGGAGAACUGUGGCCCGGGAGCUGCGGCGGAACCUGAGGGACCUGCCCCCUCUGCAGCCCUAAGUCCGGGUUUGCAGUGAUCCCGGAGCCUCAUCCCUCCGGGUGUGAGGAGCGUGGGUGUCCACGCAGGAUCGCGGGCACCCCUCGGCGGGCAGCGAACAGACCGCGGCCUAGCAGGGCGGCCAUGGCAGACGAGAAGACCUUCCGCAUCGGCUUCAUUGUGCUGGGCCUCUUCCUGCUGGCCCUGGGCACGUUCCUCAUGAGCCACGACCGGCCCCAGGUCUACGGCACCUUCUACGCCAUGGGCAGCGUCAUGGUGAUCGGGGGCGUCAUCUGGAGCAUGUGCCAGUGCUACCCCAAGAUAGCCUUUGUCCCUGCUGACUCUGAAUUCCAAGGUGUCCUGUCCCCAAAGCCGCUGGGCUUGCUGGAGAACGGACUCACUGCCGAGAUGAAGAGCCCCCAGCCCCCCUACGUCAGGCUGUGGGAGGAAGCCGCCUAUGACCAGAGCCUGCCCGACUUCAGCCACUUCCGGAUGAAGGUCCUGGGCUACAGCGAGGAUCCCCGCCCCCUGCUGGCCCCUGAGCUGGGGCGGCAGCAGCUGGAAGCUGGUGACAGAGGGGAAGGUGGCCCCCGUGAUGCUCAGGCCUGGAUGGAGGCUGCUGUGGUCGUCCACAGGGGCUCGGAUGAGGACGAGGGAGAAAGAAACCCAGCUCAGAGCAGUCCCCGCGUCCCAGUCUCUCCCCAGGGUCCUGCACCUUUGGCUUCCUUCCAAGAUGAAAUGGAUGUGGGCUCCAGUGAGGGCGGCAGCCCCAACCCGUCUCCGCCUGAGGGGGAGGAGCCUGGCCCCCCGCCAGGGGAGCCCUGGGCCUGCAGGUGCCAGCUGGACCGCUUCCAUGACUUCGCUCUGAUCGAUGCCCCCGUGUCGGAGGACACACCGCCAGCGGGACAGUGGCGGGACACAGCCCUCCCCAGCUAUUGGCAGCGGUCCCCGAGGACGAAGGAGGAGGACGAGGCUUCCGACUCAGGUGCAGAGGAGCCGGAGCAGGAGGAGGAGGACUUGUACUAUGGGCUGCCGGACAGCCCUGGGGACCCCCUCCCGGACAAGGAACUGGGCUUUGAGCCUGAUGCCCAGGGCUUAGAUGGAACUGCCCCUGGGUGCUAGCCUGGCACAGCCACUAGCCCGGUGUGACUUCACAGGGCCUCAAUUUCCCUCUCUGCAAAAGGGGGUUGUCUGGAGGUUCAGAUGAGACAGUGGGUCCUGCAGCACCUGGAGGACUGUAAAGGAGCACGCAGGGAAGGGGCGAUGGUUUUCGAUGGAUCAUGGCCACUCCGUUGUUAUUUUGGGGGGUUAGAGCUUUGAAGGUGAAUGUGAUUCACUUAGACAAUCGGCAGCAGCUGGGGCCUCGGAGCCUUCUCUGCCCCGAGAGCUGCCUCUGAACAGGCGCCCCCUUGGGGUUACGCUGGCUCUCCCAUCCCUCGUGAAGGCCUCUCAGUGUGCCUGUUCCUGCUGAGUCUUUAGUCUGUCUGGUAUGCCGCGUGAUCCGCCUUCACCCAGGGCUAACCGCGUGUGCCCCCACAUCCCUCCUGUGGCUCCUGUUUUAUGGGAUCCAAAACCUUCCAUGGCUGACCUCUGCUGACCUCCCAACUUACUCCCCCCCAGCCCAUGCCACACCCUCUGCUCCUCAACCCCAAGGCCGUGUCCUACCACACACACACACACACACACACACACACACACACACACGUGCACACAUGUGCACUGCUACCCACGCCCUUCUCUGCCACCUCUUUGCCAGGAAGCCCUUUGAUCCCUCGUCUGCCUAGCAAACUUGUGCUCAUCCUUCAAACCCUCGCACAGAUAUCCCUCCUCUGAAAGCCUUUCCUGCUGUCACCGCCUCUGGGGACAGCGUAGUCCUGGCUCCUUUGCGCUGCCUUCAGGUCUUGUACGCUCAUCACUGGACCAUGGCUGCUCGAGGCCAGUGCCCUUGCUUGACUCACAUGGUACCUCCUGUGCCGAGUCAGUGCUCACUGAGGGGUAGGAACUGACCAGAGCCCAGGAAGCUUUGCAGAGAACAUCCUCUCCUCGACUUCCCUAACUCUUAGACUCCCCGCCCCUUUACUCUCCGGCAUUCAAACUUCCAAAUGGCCUGCAUAGAAGUCACAGAGCCAGGCAAAAAGCCCCCUGAGUAACCCACGCCCUGCAGAAUACAUAUGCAUCGGUUUAGGACUGUGGGUUGGAAUGAAACUUCCUGGCUCAAUUCAAUUUGAUUCAGGUGGCAUUUACUGAGCAUCUACUACGUGCCAGACACUAAGCCAGGAUCUUUAGGGAGAAAGAGACAUGAACUGAUAGCAGUUCUUGCCCUCAAAGGACUCACAGUCUAGUGAGCUUGGUUCUUGUAAGUUAGGGACAGAGUGCAGAGCAGGGGCCGAGGGGGGAGCAGAGAAAUUAAAACAUUGGCACAGCAGAGUGACCUGGGGCCAGCGAGUGUGCGGCAAGUAGCUCAGCCUGCUUCAGCGGCCCCUGAAGAUGCCACUGUUUUAUAGCAGCAGCAUGGCGGUAGGGCAGAGCAAUGCUAUUAGCACUCUGAGCUCGGCCAUGUCCCCCAGAGUCCCCGCACAGGGACCCUGAGAUGCUUCAGAGGAAGGGGCAGUGGCACUACCUCAAACCAGGCCCACGGUCUUAGAGCUUGCACUCGGGCCUCCUGGGCCGGGGAGACCUCCUCCUGGGUUGGGCCUCUGUGUCAGGGCUGGGGGACCCACAGUGGGAAAGGGAUGCCCUCUGUGCUGGGUCAGAAGGGCACAGCACCUUCUACCCCCCAGUAUCUCCCCCUUCUUUCUGGAUCACUGUACCUCCAGUAUAAAAGCCUGGGCAGUGAAAGGCAUAUUGGGCACAUCCCUGUGCCAUAGCGGGUGUUGCCAGCCAUGACCUGGGCCGGCUGGGCGAGGUGGAGUGUGUUUCUGUGCUCUGUUUACUACGGUGGGGAGGGUGACCUGCACCAGCAUGGAUGGCUAAAUAAAACUGUUUGCAAC